UAAGUCAGGAUAUUAUUUGCAUGCAAUCCACAAGAGCGUACUGAAGCAGAGCUGGGGGAGAUCUGUGUGAAGCCCUUGUCUGUUGAUGAUGUGUUGUGAGAAACAAAACUGCUUUUAAAGGAUGGCUAUUCGUGAGCUGAAAGUUUGUCUUCUUGGGGACACGGGGGUUGGGAAAUCAAGUAUAGUUUGCCGAUUUGUCCAAGAUCAUUUUGAUCACAAUAUCAGUCCUACGAUUGGAGCAUCAUUUAUGACAAAAACGGUGCCUUGCGGUAGUGAACUACAUAAAUUUCUCAUCUGGGAUACUGCUGGUCAGGAACGCUUCCACUCACUGGCACCUAUGUAUUAUAGAGGAUCGGCUGCUGCAGUUAUUGUAUAUGACAUCACGAAACAGGACUCAUUCCAUACACUGAAGAAAUGGGUGAAAGAAUUAAAAGAACAUGGACCUGAGAACAUUGUGAUGGCGAUUGCUGGAAACAAAUGUGACCUCUCUGAUAUAAGGGAAGUGACAAUGAAAGAUGCCAGGGAAUAUGCAGAGUCCAUUGGGGCGAUUGUUGUUGAGACCAGUGCAAAGAAUGCCAUUAAUGUUGAGGAACUCUUUCAAGGCAUAAGUCGAAGAAUCCCUCCCCUUGAUUCUCAUGAGAAUGGGGCCAACGGUGCAAUGAAACUCGGAAGGCCAGCUUCACAGUCACCCAACCGAUGCUGCUGAUCUGACCCAGUGACCAUAAUCGCUUGAAAGAAGAUAGGGCUCCCGUGAGACGAUAUGAAGAUUCCAUGUGGGAAAAUAAUGUAAUUUCAACCUCAAAUGCAAAUUCAGUACCAAGAAAAGCACAAAUGUUGGGAACUGCACUAUUAAUACAUUUUUGUUUAGAGAAAGCCACUAAUAAUUUGCAGAUAUUGCACAGUACAGAGAACAGCCAUCUUUCUGCAUUUCCUCUGUUAGAAACCUCCAUGCUCGUCACUCCUAGGUGACAUUUGGGCUUCCCGGCAGAUAUGAAAAUGAGGGUAUGAGCAAACAAACAUGACUAGGGUUCUCAAAGCUUUUCAUGCACUGGGACCUCUGCUUGUUUGCUAUUUGUUACACUACUACACAAUAUUUCACAACUUCAAACCUCAUAACCCUAACUGCUCAUAGCAACAUAUGUUAUAGUUAGUAAAAGAACAAUUAUUAACCCCUAAAUAUUUCCAUACUUUGAAAAUAAAGUAGCAUGAUAUUUAUGUCAUGUAACAUGUGAGUUUUUAACUUUUUUUUCAACCAGAAAAGAUGCAAUUCUUUUAUUCUUUCCAAUAAAAGGCAGGGCUCCAUAGUUGCAUAGAGCGAUGCUGGAGAUAUUCUGGUGCGCAGUGCUAAACAUAAACAAAAAGACCCUAUGUUGUUAUCCUGAUGAGGUUUAACCUAGCAUUGUAUAGUGUAGCAUUCUGUAGUGUUCAAAUAUUCUAUAUUUUACCAAUAAAUAACCCAUUCUUCGUGAA